AUGAAAUCAGGGUUGUUCCAUGUGUUAUCUUAUUUUGACAAAUACUUAUUUGUGCAAUAUUACAGCAAUAAAAAACGCAGUGGCAGCGAUCCCGCGACCCCGGAUCUUCGUUCACCAUCGCACAAUCAGGGAUCGCAUUCCCCGGUGGGUAGGCAACGUAGUCUGGAAAAUUGGCAGGGUAUUUCGCCAGAGGAAGCUCUAUCUCAUGUAGUGCUAGCGGCGCGCCAAUAUAUCCAGAAAGACCUGGAGAAAUGUAAAACACUCAAAGUACACCUGUUUUAUGCAGAAUCUGAAGUUUGGGUUGAUGUCGAUUUGAGUUCAACAAAUCCUGAUCAAUUUGACCUGGGUAUUAUUGAUGACAAAGUCUUAUACAUGAAGUUGGCCAGGAUACACAAGGAAACCACCAAAGCGUGUAAGCGACUGGCAGUGGUUGUCCAGCGUGUUCAAUCGCAAAACAAGAAAACUCUCAGCGGUAUGCCGAUGAUGUCCUUCAUAUCGGAAAACAGCAUAGUUGGUGCAAAGCAUACCUUUUUAGUCUAUGGAUUUCAAAUAAAGGUGGAAGUCGGGGUGUUGAACGGCUGACGUCGAUCCUAUACCAUACAAAAUUGGGUACCGUCCCUCUGCUGAGCCCCUAGCUAUUCGCAUCUGGCUUGCUUGUGCGACCCCAGCUCAUAGUGUUGUAUAUCGUCUAGUCUAUACAAUGGUGCUGUCAGGCAAUAGUGCGAUUUCGACAUAACGAGAAUUAACGUCAAUACCACAUACUAAAGGAACGGAUAUUCUAUUGUACUAGGGAAAUAGUACACCCUGUGCCCUCACCUCUGCUGCAAGCACUAUUAAGAUAUUAACGGACGGUCUCGCGAUAUCGUCGUGUUCGAACUAGCACGUCCUCACUAUUAUAAUUGUAUAAUAAACAAAGCAACAUGAAUAAAAAAUGAACCCG